AUGUCUCACAGCGACACGAUCCCCCUCCACCCGAGCUCCCAAUCGGACAUUGACGAAAUCGAGAACCUCAUCAACUCCUACCCCUCCUCCGUCCGCCCCGCGUCGCCUCCACGCGCCUCCAUCCCCAUCUCCUCCAACCCUCCGCCACCUCCUUCGUUUGCCCCCUCUAACAUCCCUCCUCCCUCCUUUUCCAAACCUGCGCCCGUCCCCUCAGCCGCCCCCAAACCCCCCGUCCCCCCUCCACGUGGAUCCACCAGCAGCGGGGGCAGCAUUGCCUCUUCCGGGUUCGGGCCCGCCCCAAACACCCUGACGGAGCCUGUCUGGGACACCAUCAUGCGGGAUUUGACGAGGAUAGUCAGCAAUUUGAAGCUCGUCGUUUUCCCCAACCCGUUCAGGGAGGAUCCCGGGAUGGCGUUGAGGGACUGGGAUCUAUGGGGACCCUUUUUCUUCAUUGUGUUCCUAGGCCUCGUGCUCUCUUGGUCUGCAUCUGUUGAGAAGUCUGAGGUUUUUGCUGUUGCAUUUGCACUGCUUGCAGCAGGAGCUGUCAUUUUGACCUUGAAUGUUUUGCUGCUGGGUGGCCAAAUUAUCUUCUUUCAGAGCCUGAGCCUUCUAGGUUACUGUCUGUUCCCUCUGGACAUUGGUGCCUUGAUUUGCAUGCUCAACAGCAAUGUAAUCGUCAAAGUAGUUGUGGUGGCUCUCACGUUGGCGUGGAGCUCUUGGGCUGCUUACCCGUUCAUGAGCACUGCCGUUAACCCAAGAAGGAAAGCUCUUGCACUUUACCCAGUCUUGCUCAUGUAUGUAUCUGUGGGCUUUCUCAUAAUCGCCAUCGACUGA